AUGUGGUCAGUAACUAGAGUCUACCAUGAAUAUAACUGGAUCAUGAAAGAGGCAACAGAUCCACGUACGUCAGGAUGGCUGUUGAUGUCAUCACCGUUACCUACAGUAUCUCUGGUGAUUUUGUACCUAAUCUUAGUCAUACAGGGUCAGCGAUGGAUGAGGGACAGGAAGGCACUGGAAAUAAAGAAUGGUCUCAUGAUCUAUAACCUCUGUCUCGUUCUCCUUAAUGCAUACAUAUUCUAUGAGUUUUUGAUGACUUCAUGGUUGAACCCUGCCUUUAACAAGUGGUGCCAGUCCAUGGACUACUCCACUGAUGCACUGCCAGUGAGGCUGGCCAAUGUAUGCUGGUGGUUUUAUUUCUCCAAGAUCAUAGAAUUCAUGGAUACUUUUUUCUUUGUGUUGCGUAAAAAGAACCGACAGAUAUCUUUCCUACAUGUAUACCAUCACUCUACCAUGCCCCUGCUCUGGUGGAUUGGAGUGAAGUUUGUACCAGGAGGAGAAUCUUACCUGUCAGGGAGUAUCAACAGUUUUAUCCACAUCCUCAUGUAUUCCUACUACUUCCUGGCUGCCAUGGGACCUCAAAUGCAGAAGUUUCUUUGGUGGAAGCAGUACAUGACAGCUCUUCAACUGGUGCAGUUCUGGUGGAUCUUUGGUCACACAGCAUAUUCAAUCUAUUUGAGCUGUGGCUACCCUAAUGGCUAUAACUGGGCAUUGGUCUGUUAUGUCAUGUCACACAUCUUCCUCUUUACCAACUUCUACUAUCAGACCUACACUAAGAAAGCAAAGUCUAUGAAAACCAAGGCCCGCAAGGAUGGGGCAUCCAGGAAGGUCGUUACAGAUGCACACAAUGGCAUAUCCAAUGGACAUAUGAACAGUGAACAUGAAGAGAAAUGA